AUGACUGAGCCGCCUCACCAGCAGCAGAUGAAAACUUCCUUCCUCUUCAUCCAGCUGCAGGCUUUCCCUGCCCGCGCUCUCCCCACCCAGUCUCCAGCCGCGGCUGCCUCCACAGCAGCCCCAGGGGGCCUGGAGGCGGGACACAGUUUCCCAAGUCCCAGGACAGGCUUCUUGGCAGGCCGGGACCUCGGGCGCACGCAGGGCUUGGCGGCUCCUCCUUCCAGCCUGCUGCAGAAGGGAGGCCCUGGGACCGAGGGACCGGCUGCUUUCACUUGCUCUGCUCCGGGGGAAAAGAAGGCCGGGGACGGAAAACCCCGGGAGCGGGCAGGAGGCAGGAGCGGGGGCUGCCGAUGCCCGCAUCGCGGGCAUCGCCUGGCCCCUGCCUCUGGGAAACUCGGCCGGCUCUUGCUCCCGCCAUGCCAGCUUCCUAGCCCAGCUCCCGUCAUGAGCGAUGGGAGCAGCAGUCGCUCCAUGGGCUGGGAGCACUGGCCGGGCGCUUCUGCUCCCCAGGACCUGGGGGACUCGCAGCCCCGGUGCAGCGAUGCCCUGGGAUGCUCCAUGGCUCAGGCCUCCCCUGCCCACGCGGCUGACCAGCAGGAAAGGGCUCUGCUGAGCAGAAGUGCCGCCACCCACCGGGUAUCCCUGCGGAGCUGUGAAGAGGACACAGGUACCACAGUGAGGGCCACCAGGGCGCGGCUCUGCAGGUACUGCCCAGAGGUUCAGACCAGCAAGGGCUGCCCAGCGCCACCUGCCACUCUGCCUCUCAAGGUAAGAACUUGCGUGUGCCCGAGUCCCCCAGACUCUGGCUGUCCCACCAAAGAAAGGGAGCAGGGGACUGACCGGCCGUCACGGCCCCCAGUUUCUACCCCUGCGACUCCCCCUCGAGCCACACCUGCUGGUGACGUUUCCUUGGAAGAUAACCUGGCAUUUUCUGAGGCCUGGUGGUCUACACUGCAUGUCGAAUUUCUCUGGUGA